AUGCGGAAGGCUUCCAAGUUUUUCAGGAAGGCACUUUCUCAAAACGUCGAGUCGCCUCCACCAAAAGGCUACAUCGAGAAAGUCCAGGCUGAGCGUAAGAUGUCCUUCACGUCGUCGACUGAAGGAGGCAUGGGCAUGCUACCAGAAUUCGACCCACUCAUCGUCUCCGCAUUCGAUCUGUCAGAGUUGAUGAAUGCACAAGCAAUAUCAAGUGUUGAGAUUGUUGAGCUGUAUUUGCAUCAAAUCGAUGAACAUAAUCGGAGAGGUCGCCAGUUGCGGGCGCUGAUCUCCGUGGCACCAAGACAUGAAUUGCUGAAGAUUGCGAAAAAGUUGGAUGAUGAGCGGUUAAGGGGAAAGGUUAGAGGACCGCUGCAUGGCAUACCGAUAGUGGUGAAAGACAACAUUAUGACAGAAGAGCAGCUGGGCAUGGAUACGACAGUAGGCUCAUACGCUUUUGUUGGAUGCAAACCAAAGAAGAAUGCAACCAUUGUGGACAGGUUGAUCAAGCGAGGAGUGAUCAUUAUUGGCAAAGCAAACCUCACAGAAUUCUGCGGUCUCAAGAAUCCUUCUAUGCCACCUGGAUGGUCAGCUGUAGGCGGCCAGUGCCAAUCACCAUAUGUUUCACGACACAUUGCAAAGAGAAAACUGCAUUGGGAGCUUUCUGCACCGGGAGGCUCGUCUACUGGGUCCGCUGUUGCCGUAGCUUCAGGCUUCAGCACGCUUGCGAUUGGCACAGAUACGAUCGGAUCACUCAUUACGCCUGCGAAUCGCGCUGCUCUCUACGCACUGAAGCCUACAGUCGGUCAAGUACCAAUGGACGGCAUUUUCAACCUCAGCAAGACCUUUGAUGCAGUGGGCGGCAUGGCGAAAUCCGCAAAAGACCUUGUAGCGCUAAUGGACGCCAUGAUGGUUCCCACCAGCAGAGAGUCUGACGAGGUGGCACCGCACAGAUCAUUCAAGAUAAAAUCGAAUUUCGGCAAACUCAGGAUCGGUUUUGUUGAGCCCACCAUCUGGAAGACAUGGCGCAAAAGUGGUCGAAUCAACGCUGAUGCAGAGCGGUUUAUGCUGCAAAAGUACGAUAUGGUCGUGCAAAGCAUGAUCGAGAUGGGGGUUGAUAUCGUAUACCCUGUCGAGUUGCCGAGCCAGUCUAGCCUUACCAUUGAUGGGAAGAAUUGUUUCGAGCCUGUCGUUUAUUCUGAGUUCAAGGAUUGCUUGACAGAGUUCAUCCGAGACUUCAAAACAACCAAGAUGCACUCCCUAGCUGAAAUCAUCAACUUCAACCUCGAACACCCCGAGCUUUGCUUACCUCCAUCAUGCCCCGACCAAAAUGACCUCAUGGCUGCCCUCCAAGCCCCUACCAAACGCGAAGAAAUCAACGCCGCCCGCCAACACCUACAAAUCGCCGGCGGCCCUGACGGCCUCGACUAUCUCUUCACCAGCUCCCAACUCGACAUCGUAAUCGCCCCAGGCGAUGCGCCCCUCUCCUCCAUCGCCGCCGCCGCCGGCUACCCAACCGCGGCGUGUCCCCUCUCCGCGCUCAAACUCAACGGCCAACCCUUCGGCCUCACCCUCGCCUCGCGCCCACACACCGAACACACACUCCUGCACUUCCUCACCGCAUACGAAAAUAUCUUCCCGCCGCGCGCAUUACCGCUGCCGCUCAGUUCCGUACCGCUGCAAGACGCGCACCCGGAAAUGCUGCCUGAUCAGCCCAUCAUCGAUCUUAUCUUGCAUGAGUGGGACACAAGAAGAUUUAGCUGCUCGGCGGAUGCGUUGGCGGAUUGGCUGAAUGCGAGGUGGAAGAAAAGCGGGUAUGAAUUGAGUCCGGAGACGGUGUGUGAGGUGUUGAGGAGUAAUGGGCGCAUUGCGUUUAGGGGGCUGGGGGAUGAUAGUGAACAUGCGUUUACGCGGUGA